UUUGUUUGUUACCUUAGCGUGUGAAAGAUAACUUUUUUUUUUUUUUAAAGAGAAAGCCAACCCUAUUGUUUCUUUGAGAGGAAAAAACUUUCUCCAAGCCACCACCUUAUCUCAAUCUCUCUGUGGAAAUCUCUCUUUGAGAAAAGCUAAUAGUGGGAGGGGAGAAGAUAGAGAUAUGGAAGCUGUUUUGCAAACAAGAGGGCUUCUUUCUCUACCAUUGAAUCCCAAAAUCAGAACUUUGCAACCAUCUAAUGGGUUAAAGCAGAGACUUUUGGCUGUUAAACCGAAGCCCUUUGGUGGGUUUUCAUUAUCUUCAAAUGGGGUUUCGAAAGUCUGUGGCUCUGUGUCAAAACCACAAGGGUUGUUUGUCUCAAAGGAGAGACCUUUGCAUGUUUGCAAAGCUGAGGCGGCUGCUUCAGCUGAUGGUCAGCCUUUGUUGGGCGAGGAUGAUUCACCGAAGUUCUUGGGGAUUGAACUUGUGACUCUGAAAAAGAUUAUCCCUCUUGGGUUAAUGUUCUUUUGUAUUUUGUUUAAUUACACAAUCCUUAGAGACACAAAGGAUGUGUUGGUUGUGACGGCGAAAGGGAGCAGUGCUGAGAUUAUCCCAUUUUUGAAGACUUGGGUCAACUUGCCUAUGGCUAUUGGGUUCAUGUUAUUAUACACAAAAUUGGCUAAUGUCUUGUCCAAGAAGGCCUUGUUUUACACUGUUAUUGUCCCCUUUAUUGCCUUUUUUGGGGCCUUUGGAUUUGUUUUGUAUCCUCUUAGCAAUUAUAUCCACCCUGAGGCUCUGGCUGAUAAGCUUCUUCACACACUUGGCCCAAGGUUUCUUGGUCCUCUGGCAAUUCUGAGGAUUUGGAGUUUCUGUUUGUUCUAUGUCAUGGCUGAGCUUUGGGGCAGUGUGGUGAUUUCUGUUUUGUUUUGGGGAUUUGCUAAUCAGAUAACUACCGUUGACGAAGCCAAAAGAUUUUACCCUCUAUUUGGACUUGGAGCCAAUGUUGCCCUUAUUUUCUCAGGCCGAACAGUGAAGUAUUUCUCUAAUUUGAGGAAAAAUUUGGGUCCUGGAGUCGAUGGCUGGGCCGUCUCCUUGAAAGGAAUGAUGAGUAUUGUGGUUCUGAUGGGGCUUGCGAUCUGUGCUUGUUACUGGUGGGUGAACACUUAUGUUCCUCUUCCUACCCGUAGUAAGAAGAAGAAGGAUAAGCCAAAGAUGGGAACAAUGGAGAGCUUGAAAUUCUUGGUAUCUUCAAGAUACAUUAGGGAUCUUGCUACUUUGGUGGUUGCAUAUGGUAUAAGUAUCAAUCUUGUAGAGGUUACCUGGAAAUCGAAGCUCAAGGCUCAGUUUCCAAGCCCAAAUGAGUACUCAUCCUUUAUGGGCGACUUCUCAACUGCAACUGGAAUAGCAACAUUUACGAUGAUGCUUCUCAGCCAAUUUAUAUUUGAUAAAUAUGGAUGGGGAGUGGCUGCGAAGAUCACACCAUCAGUCCUCCUGCUUACAGGAAUUGGUUUCUUUUCUCUAAUAUUAUUUGGGGAUCCCUUCGCACCUGCUCUUGCAAAGUUUGGGUUGACUCCACUUCUUGCAGCCGUAUAUGUAGGUGCCAUGCAAAACAUUUUCAGCAAGAGUGCCAAGUACAGCUUGUUUGAUCCUUGCAAAGAAAUGGCCUAUAUUCCUUUAGACGAGGACACCAAGGUUAAAGGAAAGGCAGCCAUUGAUGUUGUGUGCAACCCAUUGGGGAAAUCUGGAGGAGCUCUUAUUCAGCAGUUUAUGAUCUUGACCUUUGGGUCGCUGGCGAACUCAACUCCUUAUCUUGGAGGGAUACUUUUGGUGAUUGUUCUUGCAUGGUUAGCGGCAGCCAGGUCUUUGGAUACCCAGUUUACUUCUCUGCGACAAGAAGAAGAGCUUGAGAAGGAGAUGGAAAGAGCUGCUGUUAAGAUCCCAAUCGUGUCUGGAAAUGAAAGCGGAAAUGGUUCUCUUUCAAGUGGUUCAACAUUCAAUCCCGCAACAGGUGACUCAACGAGCGAAACUUCUACUCCCCGCAAUAUUUGAAAUAAUUCUUUUAUUUCUUGUUGCAAGAAGAAUGGGGAGCACCGUUACAUGAAUAGUUUGUUGUAGGACUUUUUCUGCGAAUUACAGAAAUAAUAGCUAAAAACAUGUCUGCUCCCAACUGUUUUAAGUCCUUUUUGCAGUAGAUAAUGAGCUUAGUAUCUGUUUAUUUUGACAUUCCUGUAUUUUGUAGAAUUGCAUUUUGAUAUCAUAUUAAUAAAAACCAUUUAAUUUAUAUGAAA